UUUCCUUCAGGAACACGCCUGCGUCUGUCUGCGCAGGAGUCGGGGGGUCUGCUGUGCAGAGGAGCGGACGCAGAGCGGCACGGCUGAGUCUCCACGGUGAAGCUGCGCAGAGGUCUGCUGUUCGCUGGAGCUGCAGGAGGAGUAUCUGACGGUCCGGGAUGGCGGGAAGGCCGCUGCUCUGCCUCGUGAUGGCCAUGUGUUUCCAUGGAAACGCAGCUCAGGACACAGUCUGCACUCAGGAGGCGGUGGCCGACAUUGUCUUCCUGGUGGACGGCUCGUGGAGCAUCGGCACCGAGAACUUUGAGCAAAUCCGUCGCUUUCUGUCCACUCUGGUCAGCAGCUUCGAUGUCAGUCCAGAUCAUGUCCGCAUCGGCCUGGUCCAGUACAGCAGCGACUCGCGCACCGAGUUCCUCCUCAGAACCUUCCAGAACAAGGAGGACGUUCUGCGGAGCAUCACCAAGUUACCCUACAAGGGCGGCGGGACCAUGACGGGGAAAGGCCUGGACUUCCUGCUGAAUCAGCACUUUGUUGAAGCAGCUGGAAGCCGCGCCAGCAGCAGCGUGCCGCAGAUCGCCGUGGUGAUAACCGAUGGAAAAUCUCAGGAUGAGGUGAAGACCUACGCGGAGAAGCUGCAGAGGCGGGGAAUCAUUCUGUACGCCAUCGGCAUCAGAGAUGCCGACACGACCCAGCUGAAGGAGAUCGCCGAGAGCCGGCACGUCUACAGCGUGUCGGACUUUUCCGCGCUGCAGGACAUUUCUCAGAGCAUCGUCCAGACACUGUGCACCACGGUGGGGGAGGCCAAGCGGCAGCUGGGGCAACUGUCUCCAGAAUGUGUGAGAGCCACCGUGGCCGACAUCGUCUUCCUGGUGGACGGUUCCUCCAGCAUUGGCAUUGAGAACUUCCAGGAGGUCCGGCUGUUCCUCAGAAAGGUGGUGUCCGGUCUGGACAUUGGCCCAGAUAAGGUUCGGAUUGGCUUGGCUCAGUACAGCGACGACCCCCACCAGGAGUUCUUGCUGAAGGACCACUCCGACGCUUCAUCCCUGCUGGCUGCAAUCGAGAGGUUACCCUACAGAACUGGGCAGACGGAGACGGGCAAGGCCAUCAGCUUCCUGCUGUCUCGGUACUUUAUAGAGGAGGCGGGGAGCCGGGCCAAGCAACAGGUGCCUCAGAUUGCUGUGGUGAUCACAGACGGGGACUCGGCAGACGAAGUUGAGGCGCCUGCUCAGGAGCUGCGCCAGCAGGGGGUCAUUGUGUUUGGCAUCGGCGUGGGACAGGCCAACUUGCAGGAGCUCCAGUCCAUCGCCAACCGGCCCGCACAGCGCUUCCUGUUCACCAUAGACAGCUACCAGGCCCUGCAAAGGCUGACCGGCAGCCUGCUGCAGACCAUCUGCGUGUCCAUGGAGGACCAGAGGCUGGCAUUGGCGGAAAGGUUUGCGGACAUCUUUUUCCUGGUGGACAGCGGCCUUUCUCAGACGGAGGUCAAGACCCUCCUCAACCGACUCACCAAUCAGCUGAACUUCAGCGUGUCUGCCUACCGUUUGGGCCUGGCUCAGUACGGCAGGGAGGUGAAGGUGGAGUUCCUGCUCAACAAGUACAACACCAAAGAGGAAAUCCAGGAUUUCAUAAAGCGCUUCCGCCUUUCUCGGCCCCUGGCCUCCGAUCCACGUAACCUGGGCGCCGCCUUAAAGUACGCCAGCGCCAACUUCUUCACCGAGGAGGCAGGGGGCCGGGCAGCAGUGGGCGCCCGACAGUUCCUGGUUGUUCUGAGCGGGAAGGACUCCAAUGACUCUGUGUACAAGGCCUCCCGUCUGAUCAAGUCUGCCGGCAUAACCGUGGUUGGAAUGAGUGUCGGAGCAUCCAUGACAGAAAUGAGCGUGGUUGCCACUUCCCCGUACGUCUACCAGAUCCCCAUUCCAAAUGCGGCACCGACACUCAGAGCGAUCUUUAAACAACAGGAAGCAGAUCCUGAUCUGACCCAAGACUGCAGAGCGGCCAAAGUGGCAGACAUUGUCUUCAUCAUCGAUCAGUCCGGAAGCAUCGGAACAGCUAACUUCCAGCUGGUCCGCAUGUUUGUGCACUCCAUCGUGAGUGGGCUGGAUGUGGGUCAAAACAGAGUCCGCGUGGGCGUCGUCCUGUACAACGACAAGGCCGAGGCGCUGGUCUACCUCAACACCUUCAAGAACAAGCAGAAUCUUCUGAACUUCAUCAAGAUCCUGCCUUACAGCGGAGGAGGAACCAAGACUGGAGCUGCUCUGAACUUUACCCGUGAGAGCGUCUUCACCAAGGAGAGGGGCAGCAGGACCAAUGCGGGUGUCCAGCAGGUGGCAGUGGUGAUCACAGACGGGGAAUCUCAGGACAGCGUGCUUGAGGCGGCAGCUUUUCUUCGCCGCUCUGGGGUCAUUGUUUACUCUGUGGGAGUGGAAAAUGCCAACGAGGUGGAGCUGAUUCAGAUGGCCACCCACCCCCCCAAUGAGCAUGUGUUCAUUGUGAACAGCUUUGCUGAACUGACCCCCCUGAAACUGAAGCUACAGAAAGUGCUCUGCUACAACAUCCUGCGCCAAGCGGUGACAGCCGUGGGCCGAAGCAGCGCCAUCAAAGAAGGAUGUGUCCAGACAGAUGAAGCAGACAUCUUCUUCCUGAUUGACCACUCUGGCAGUAUCUUCCCAUUGGACUUCCAAGACAUGAAGAAGUUCAUCAUUGAGUUCAUCCAGACCUUCCGCAUCGGGCCGCAGUAUGUCCGCAUAGGCGUGGCAAAGUAUGCAGAUUUUCCAAACUUGGAGUUUGGACUGGAAACGUACACGGAUGCUCAGAGUCUGGAGACAGCGGUGCUGGACAUUAAACAGCUGGGGGGUGGGACAGAAACUGGAAGGGCUCUGACUUUCAUGGGAACUCAAUUUGACAAAGCCAAAGACUCUCGGGGCCACAAAGUCCCAGCAUACCUGGUGGUCAUCACGGAUGGGAAGUCUGCUGACCAGGUGAAGGGACCAGCAGAGCUGUUGAGGGCCAGAGGAGUCACCAUCUACGCCAUUGGGGUAAAGGACGCAGACACAGAGGAGCUGCAGGAGAUCUCUGGAGACCCGAGGAGGAUGUUCUUCGUCAAUAACUUUGAUGCCCUGAACCCCAUCAAGGACAAUGUGAUCACAGACAUCUGCUCUGCAGACGUUUGCAAGGACUUACCAGGAGACCUGAUCUUCCUGAUUGACAGCUCCGGCAGCAUCUAUCCAGAAGACUACGAGAAAAUGAAAGACUUCAUGAAGUCUGUCAUCAGCAGGUCCUUCAUUGGGAAGAACGAGGUGCACGUUGGUGUCUUGCAGUUCAGCUCCAGCCAGCAGCUGGAGUUCAACCUCCGCCGUUACUUUAGCAAGGAGGAAAUGCUGCUGGCCAUCGAUGGCAUGCAGCAGCUGGGAGGGGGCACUCUGACGGGCGACGCCCUCACCGCCGUGGCGCAGUACUUUGAGUCAGCGUUUGGAGGGCGUCCACAACUGCAGCAGAGGCUGGUGGUGGUAACCGACGGACAGGCUCAGGAUGAGGUCCGAGGCCCGGCGCAAGCGCUCAGGGAAAAAGGGGUGAAGAUUUACGCCAUCGGAGUGGUCGAUGCCAACACCACGCAGCUGCUGGAGAUCAGUGGGUCACAUGACAGGAUGUACUCUGGGAGAGACUUUGAUGCUCUGAAGGACCUGGAGAGUCAGGUGGCUCUGCAACUGUGUGACCCAGAGAGAGACUGCAAGAAGACCGAGAGGGCGGACAUCAUUUUCCUGGUGGACGGUUCCACCAGCAUUUCUCUGGAGAACUUCAGAAGCAUGCAGAAGUUCAUGCUGUCCAUAGUGAACCAAACCACCGUCGGUCAGAACCUGACUCGCUUCGGUGUCCUUCUCUACUCCAAUGACCCAAAGAUGAUGUUCAAGUUGGACCAGUACAACACCAGACAGGAGGUCUUCAAAGCCGUAUCAGACCUCCAGCCCCCAUCUGGAGACACCUACACCGGCAAGGCUCUGAAGUUCUGCUUGCAGUUCUUCAGUGCAGAGAAUGGAGGGCGAGCACAGCUGCAGGUCCCUCAGAUCCUGAUGGUGAUCACAGAUGGAGACGCCACCGACCGGAACAACCUGCUUGAGCCGUCAGAGGCGCUGAGAGGAAAAGGAGUCAGCGUCUUCAGCAUCGGAGUAAAGGGGGCUAACAGGACGCAGCUGGAGAUCAUGGCCGGUCAAGACAAGUCAAAAGUGUUCUUUGUGGACAACUUUGCUGCCUUGGAGCGUCUCUACAAAAACAUCACGCAGGAACUCUGCAACUUCACCAAACCAGUGUGUGAGAAGCAGCAGGCUGACCUGGUGUUCCUGGUGGAUCAGUCUGGCAGCAUCCAAACGGGGGACUAUGCCCUCAUGAAGAACUUCACCACCGAGCUGGUGAAAAGCUUCAGAGUCAGCCAGGAGAUGGUUCGGGUCGGACUGGCCCAGUUCAGCAGCCAAUUCCAGCACGAGUUCUACUUGAACCAGUUUAGCACAGAGGCGGAGGUGUCGGACCACAUCCUGGGCAUGACACAGACUGGUGGGGGCACCAAUAUCGGACUGGCUCUGAAGGAGAUCAGGGCAUAUUUUGAAAGCUUGCGGGGAAGCCGGCGGUCUGAAGGCAUCUCCCAGAAUCUGGUGCUGAUCACUGACGGAGAGUCUCAGGAUGACGUGGAGGUUCCAGCUGAUGAGCUCAGGGCUCUCGGGAUCGAGAUGUUUGCCAUUGGCAUUGGAGACGUCCACGAUUUGGAGCUGCUGCAGAUCACCGGCACCCCACAGAGGCUCUUCACGGUGCAGAACUUUGGCAGCUUGGAGAACAUCAAACAGAAGGUGGUCGACACCAUCUGCAAGUCAAAACCCAGCGGAGAUCCAUCCGCCUGCACCAUCGACAUCGCCAUGGGCUUUGACAUCUCUGCAAGAAGAGUUCCCGGACAGACUCUGGUCAGCGGCCACAACAAGCUGCAGGCCUUCCUGCCGGAAAUUGCCCGGUACCUCUCAACGGUUCCCCGCCUGUGCUGCACCAACACCCCCGUGCAGAGCAACCUGGCCUACCGAGUGGUGAGCGUGGAUGGACGCGUCCUCUACGACUUUAACUUUGAGGCCCACGAUGAGGACGUGCUGAGGAAAGUCAUGUCGUCCAGUUUGUCCGAGUCCACCUCUUUCAACAGCGCCAUGCUGAGGUCCUUCCAGGAGAAGUUCAGGGCCCAGUCCGGAGCCGGAGUGAAGGUGCUGGUGAUCUUCUCAGAUGGCCUCGAUGAGGACAUCAUGAAACUGGAGCAGGAAUCAGAUCUGCUGAGACAGUCGGGAGUCAGUGCUCUGUUGGUUGUGGCCCUGGAGGGCGUCCGGGACACCGCCCAGCUACAGAUGGUGGAGUUCGGUCGGGGAUUCGGAUACAAGCUGCCUCUGACUAUCGGAAUGCCAAGCAUCGGCAGCACCAUCCUUAAGCAGAUUGAUACAGUGGCUGACAGGAAGUGCUGCAACGUCAUGUGCAAGUGUUCAGGCCACGAGGGUCUGCGAGGCUCUCGUGGGCCCCCAGGACCAAAGGGCGGGUCGGGACAGAAGGGUUAUCCCGGCUUCCCUGGGGAGGAGGGCGUCGCCGGUGACAGGGGCUUCCCAGGACCGAGUGGGCCUCCGGGUCUGCAGGGAUGUUCUGGACCCAGAGGCCAGAAGGGGGUCAGGGGCCUGAGGGGGAGCAGGGGUGAAGACGGAGAGGACGGACUGGAUGGAGUCAAUGGAGAGCAGGGAGUGGCGGGAAAGGAUGGAGCCCGAGGAGAGCGAGGAGACUCUGGGGACCCGGGUAUCCCGGGUAUCAGAGGGGUGCAGGGGCUGAAAGGACAGCGAGGACUGAGAGGAGAUCUGGGUCAGCCGGGCGCUGAUAACACUGACACUGGGCCUAAGGGGGAGCGUGGUAAUCCUGGUCAACCGGGGGCCCCCGGGUUGGACGGCCGGCCGGGGGAGAGUGGAGUCAAUGGAAACCGGGGUCCAGAAGGACGGCAAGGACUUCCUGGUGAGAAGGGUCCACCAGGACCCCCUGGCUCUGAUGGAGAACCAGGCUCCGCAGGACCCUCUGGUGCACAGGGAUCCAAGGGGGACCGAGGUCAGCCUGGACAGAGAGGAAUCCCCGGUUUCCCUGGACGUCAGGGCGAUCCUGGACCAGCUGGACCUUCUGGAUCAGCCGGUCGCCUUGGCGCUAACGGACAGAAGGGAGAACAAGGAGAACCUGGAAUCCCAGGAGCUCCCGGACCUCAGGGGCCCAGAGGAGCAGCAGGUCAGGACGGCAGAGACGGAUUUGGACCUGAGGGACCUAAAGGUGUCAAGGGAGAUCCCGGGUUUCCUGGAUUCCCAGGUCUGGAGGGUGAGGCCGGGUUGAAGGGACCCAAAGGGCUCCAGGGGCGUAAGGGGAGCCAGGCCCGCGGGGGGAACUCUGGCCUUCCAGGAGAAUCUGGCGUGAACGGAGACCCAGGAUAUCCGGGCCACAGGGGCCCCCGAGGUUCUCCUGGAGGCAAAGCCAUGUCUGAGUGUCAGCUGAUCACCUACAUCCGAGACAACUGCGCAUGCACCUCUGAUCACUCUGAGUGCCCGGCCUAUCCCACCGAGCUGGUCUUCGGUCUGGACAUGUCAGACGACGUGACUCCGGCCGCCUUCGAGAGGCAGCGCUCCGCCCUCCUUGCCCUGCUGGAGGACAUCAACAUCGCCGAGAGCAACUGUCCAUCGGGCGCCCGCGUGGCCGUGGUGGGCUUCAACCAACGCAGCAUGCACCUGAUCCGCUUCCAGGACUACCGCCGCAAGUCUCAGCUGAUUGACGCCGUGAAGAACAUCGCCCCGGAGAAGACCAAGAACAAGCGCUUCCUGGGCGGCGCCAUGCGCUUCGUGGGUCAGAACCUUUUCAAGCGCGUGCGGGCAGGGAUGAUGGUGAGGAAGGUGGCAGUGUUCUUCUCCAGCGGGCCCACGCAGGACGCUGAAGACGUGGUGACGGCCGUCAUGGAGUACCGCGGCCUGCAGAUCGUCCCGGUGGUCAUCUCCUUGAGGAACGCUCCUGCUGUCAGAGCUGCAGUGGAGGUCGAUGACUCUGGAAACUCCAUCUUCGUCCUCCUGGGGAGACCACAGAACCAGCUGUCCGACCUGAAGAAGGUUAAGAACUGUGCUAUCUGCUACGACCCCUGCAGACGCUCGGAGGACUGCGCCUUCAUCCAGGACCCGCCCCCGCCUCAGCAGAUGGCGGUGGACCUGGCGGUGGUUGUGGACGGCUCCAGGGAGGUCCAGGCGGACGAGUUCGCCGGCGCUCAGCAGCUGCUGGGCUCGGUUCUGGAGCAGCUGGCCGUGAGUGCAGAGCCCAGCCAGGCCCGGGUGGCCGUGGUCCAGCAGGGCUCCGCCCAGGCCCCCAAGCUGGAGUUCGGCCUACAGACCUUUCAGAACCGGGACCUGAUGAAGAGACACCUCCUCCAGAACAUGCAGCAGCAGGGUGGCCCCUCCCUGCUGGGACGGACGCUGGAAUACACCCUGAGGGAGGUGCUGCCGAGGGCGGACCAGACCCGGCGGAAGAGGGUUCUGCUGACCGUGCUGGCGACCCGGACGGCCUACGAGGACCGGAGCGCGCUCAGAAGCGCCUCCCAGAGGGCCCACUGUGACGGGGUGGCGCUGUUCGUGCUGACAGUAGGAGACCGCUACAACCAGACGCAGGUGGAGGAGCUGGCCAGCUCACCUGUGCAGCAGCACCUGAUCCACGUGGACCGGCUGGGGGCGGAGGGGCGGAGCUACGCCCAGCGCUUCUUCAGGGUCUUCCUGUCCGCGCUCAGCAAGGGGACAAACCAAUACCCCCCCCUCAGUUUAAGAGCAGCCUGUAGUGACCUGAACGGCCAGGGGGGGGUGGAGAAGCUGGACCAGUCAGAGGUCAGAGGAGAUGGACUGGUGGUGGUCUCUGGAGUCAGAGUCAAUGAACCACAGGGCGUGCUGCAGCCAGAGCUCACCAGUUUCAACCUCAAAGACGCCUGCCUGCAGCCGCUGGACCAGGGCUCCUGCCAGGAAUACGCCAUGAUGUGGUUCUUCAGCAGCACCGAGAACAAAUGCGCUCCCUUCUGGUACGGAGGCUGCGGCGGGAACCAGAACCGCUUCGUAACGGAGGAGGAGUGCCAGAACACGUGUGUGGAGGGGCAAUGAGGAAGCUCCCCGGGAGAACGCGGCGCUCCCCGGGAGAACGCGGCGCUCCACGGGAGAACCCGGCGCUCCCCGGGAGAACGCGGCGCUCCACGGGAGAACCCGGCGCUCCCCGGGAGAACGCGGCCCUCCCCGGGAUGUUCACUUCCGGACGAUUCCCUCUGAUCCACCCCCCAGGUUAAAGACUCCGUUAUCCAGCAGCGUCUGAAAACGCACUCCCAAAGUCCUGUGGCUAAAUUUGAGGUUCUGGUGCUCAGAGCUGAACCUUCAGCAGCCAUCCGGAUGAAACCAGAGGGAGGUUCUGGACCCGAAACGCUGCAGCACAGUUCAGCACCAUCCAGACCUGUCUGCGUAACAAAAACACCAGAAGGAGCUUCAGGUUUGAGCUUUUAUUGCAUUGCAGCUUCAGAAGCAGACGCCGGUCUUUGUGGGUCAGAGGAAAUGAGAACUGGUUCUGAUCUUCCGGGUUCUUCGGGUUCUCCACGUCUGAAACUUGAAGGUUGGAAGAAUGAAACUGAAUCAGAAUAAACAGUUUCUGUAACGAG